AUGGGAGAGGUUGACCAGGUGAAACUACACCAGAUACUGAAAGAGCACUACAUAAAUGCCGUCGGUUACCUCAAACGAUAUUUGUCAGGGAACCUGGAAACCUCGAAGUCCCUCGAUGCCGUGAACAUCCAAAUCCAGGAAGCUAUCAUAGCUAAACUCUCCUGGGAACCCAAAAUGGCCGAAAAAUUCCAAGUUCCCUACACCAAAUUGAGCGAAAUCAUCAAUCCACUAGUUGUUCAGCCCCUUCAAAAUGACGGUUCAGAAAGAACCGCUGAAGUGUUUGCAAAGAAGCUGGGAGAAAGUAAAAUAAACCUUUACCACUUCUGUGUCCAUAACAAUAUUCAACUGGAAUGGCUAGACGGUCUACUUGAAGAGGAUGUACCAGAGAUCGUUUGUCCCCCGAAAAUAUAUAAUGAGGAUAAUACAGAUAUAAGAAGUUAUUGGCCCUAUAACUAUUUGGCUACAGGACAGUUCGAUGUAUUAUAUGAGAAAAAGAAACGGGCCUACAAGGGCGACGCAAGUUCAUUCGCUGUACAGGUUCGAGACCCUGAUUCAGGAAAAUUUCGAGUCGAGAUGAGGGCUACUAUAGGAAAUAACAACCUCGAGAGAUGGAGGAGGUUGCCAAACACCUACAAAUUCUAUGCAGGAGACCGAGAUUACAAGAAAUCAGUACUAGGCGAGAUUGUGUACGUCUAUUUCUACACAAUGGUACAGCCAAAGACAGGCAGCCCCGAAUCAAAGGCCUCUGCUAAUACCGACAUCUGUGUAAAAUUCGAGAACUCUAUUAUGCCCUUAGCAGUAACCAGGUCCAAAGCUAGCAGCUAUCUUCCAGAAGGAGAGUCUAUCGAUGACAUCAUCGAGAAGUUGUCCUCUAGAGAUGACAUAUUAGUACCACGCAAACUUCGUGCCAAAUCAGUGAAAUUUAGCCUUAGCCAAGAAAGAAGAACGAUUCCCACUACAACACUCGCUGAGGAGUUAUUUAGGCGAAAUGAAGCCCAAAGUUCUUUGAGAAAUGUUUCAGCCUACUCAAGAGCUUCAGUACCUCCAGAGAGCCCGAAGCAAGCCACAAGCUUCUACUCGCCUUUCUCAUCUCGGCGUACGCCGCUCUCUCAGAGCUCGAUGGCAACGACAGCUACACUAGCUGAUACGCGUGAAAUAGAAGAUAUAUAUAAGCAAAUUGACGCCCUCAGCAAAAGGUUAGACGAAGUGGAGGAAAAUGUUGUGACUAAAGAGUAUUUAGAUGGCAGUAUGGCUAAAAUAAUAGCUCAAAUGACGAACUUGUUGGGACUGGAGAAGCGGUCCUAG